AACACGUGGGACGGGGGGGCGGUGGCUCGGCUCGCGAGCGCCGGUGCGGAGGUACGUCACAGGGCUCGCGUGCUCUCCUGUCGCGCGCGGCUUAAAAAGCAAGAAAGGGCAAAAGACACGCGAGUAAUUCCUGCAGAUCAAGAAGGACUCCGGCAGAAAGAAAUCUUAUUUAUUUUUUGCAUUUUGAAAUUACAGGUCGCAACAACAAGGAGUUUGCAGAAACAAAUUUUUAAUAAUGGGAAAAAAGAGAAAGGCAAACUAGGAGGAUCAGAGAAUGUGUUUUUUUAAAAAGAAACUUUUUUUUUUGGGUGAUAUAAACGAUUAACUUUUUUCCUUUUACGGCACGUGUCAGUUGACGUUUACCUAUUUCUUUCAAACGAACCUGGCUUAAAAUAUUAUUAUCUAUCAUUUCAUUUCGUCGCCUGAUAUAUUUUCUGUAAAAAAAAAGUAUGGUACAUACUGAAACAUAUGCUUCGGGAUAACGUACAAUAAAAGUUAGAAAGCAAAAAGAAAAGUUUUCGUUCUGCCUGCUUUGCUCCGAGAUGAGACUCCUGCUGCUGCAGCUCGCGCUCGCGCUCGCGCUCGCCGCCGCCGCCGCCGUCGCCGUCGCCAACCUGUCCACGCCGGGCCGCGAGGCCGAGCUCCCCCCGAGGAGGAGGAGGAGGUGCGCGGACGGCGGCGCGCCCCGGCGCCUGAGGAACAGAGCCAGGGGGUCCCCCACGCCGGGACUCUGCCACGGGCUGUACCCGCGCGCGUCCUGCUGUCCCUCGUCCGGCGCGAGCGUCCAUCAUCAUCAUCAUCGCAGCAGCACCCCGCGGCCGGACCCCACGAUCUUCUCGUCCAACGACACGCGGUGCUCAAAGUUCCUGGAGGAGAUCGGGUGUGCCCGCUGCUCCCCGCACAGCCAGGCCCUGUUCCGCACCUCACGUGUCGCCGACAUCCUCCCCGGGAGGCCCUUCCUGCCUCGGCUGUGCCAGGACUAUUGCGCCAGAUUCUACUACACCUGCGGAGCACACCUGCCAGAAUUGUUCCAAGCAGAUGUGGAUGAGUUUUGCCAGUAUUAUGGAGGAAGAGAGCACAGUCUGUGCUUUCCAGAUUUUCAUCGAAAGCAAACGCGAGGCCCAACCUCCAACUACCUAGACUUGAUGGAAGACUACGAAAAUAAGGAAGACGUUAAAAGGAAGCAGAAACCGAACUGCUACUGCGCCCUGGAAGUGGUGUCUGGCCUGCGGCAGCCGGCGGGUGCGGUGCACUGUGGAGACGGCUCGCAGCGCCUCUUCAUCCUGGAGAAGGAGGGAUUCGUGCGCAUCCUCACCGCCAGCAUGGAGCUGCUCAAAGAGCCUUUCCUGGACAUCCACAAGCUGGUGCAGAGUGGGACAAAGGGAGCAGACGAAAGAGGCCUCCUGAGCCUUGCUUUCCACCCCGGUUACAAGGCGAACGGAAAGCUGUACGUCUCGUACACGACCAACCCGGAGCGCUGGGCUGCGGGGCCGCACGACCACAUUCUGCGCGUGGUGGAGUACACCGUUUCCAGGAAAGACCCCAACCAGGUGGACCCUCGGACUUCCCACAUAUUGAUGGAGGUAGCGGAGCUGCACAGGAAGCACUUGGGUGGGCAGCUGCUCUUUGGGCCCGAUGGCCUGUUGCACGUCUUCCUGGGAGAUGGCAUGAUCACGCUGGAUGACAUGGAGGAGAUGGAUGGGCUGAGCGAUUUCACGGGCGCAGUCCUACGGGUGGACGUUGACACAGACAGUUGUAACACUCCCUACACAAUACCCAGAAACAAUCCAUAUUUCAACAGCACCAACCAGCCCCCCGAGCUGUUCGCGCACGGACUUCAUGACCCAGGCAGGUGUGCCGUGGAUCGACACUACAUGGAUGGAAAUGGCAGUUUAUUAAUAAUAUGCACAGAUUCCAGAGGCAGAAAUUCUACCACGGGAAGAAUACUGCAGAUUCUAAAGGGGGAAGAUUACGAACAUGCACCCGCGGUGUUCGAGCUGCCGCCCAGUUCUGCCCCUCCAGUAGGAGGGUUUGUCUACAGAGGCUGCCAGUCGAGGAGGCUGUAUGGGAGUUAUGUUUUUGGAGACCGCGGCGGGAAUCUACAGCUUCUCCAGAGGCACUGGGUAGGGCACUCCUGGCACGAGAAGCCGCUCUGCCUGGGCUCAGGGCGCUCCUGUUCCAGCACCCUGGUGGGCCAGCUCCUCGGCUUCGGCGAAGACGAGCUCGGUGAAGUAUAUGUCUUAGCAACCAGUAAAACCGCGGCCCAGUCCGACAGCGGCAAGCUCUACAAACUGAUGGACCCAAAAAGGCCCCUGUUCCCCAAGGAGUGCCAGCGGCCGGCGGAGCCCCCCGAGCUGCUGGGGGCCGUCUGCGCCAGGCACUGCAAGAAUGGCCGUUGCACCCCGACGGGCGCGUGCUGCUGCGGCUCCGGUUGGCACGGUCCCUUCUGCAGAACCGCUAAAUGUGAGCCCGGCUGCCGCAACGGAGGGGUAUGUGUGGAACCCAACAAGUGCCUUUGCAAGAGCAGCUUCUCCGGGGCUUUCUGCGAGAAGGACGAGCGCGGCGUGGAGCUCCGGGCCAGAGAUGGCUUGCUGGACCAGAUCAUUGACAUGACCUCCUACCUCCUGGACCUCACCAGCUACAUUGUGUAGGCUGAGACCCCUGAAGGGAAAACCGUCUACCGAUCCUGAAGCAACUGAUCCGCCCGCUGCUCUUGAGCUUUUUCCUGUGCUGCCACCGCUCGUCCCAAUGGGCUAAAUCAUCCAAAGUCAGACUUCAGAAAGCAGCAGGAGUUUCCUCUUCCGCGUUCUCAGCCGAAAGGUUGGGAUGAAACAAAGAAAAGCUGUUCAGCGUUUCGGGGGCACACCUCCACACGCAUCUUUCCGGUGCCUUCUUCUCGAAGGACUCGCUCUCGACGUUCAGCCCCGUCCGCCCACAGCGUCGCCACUUUCUUCGAGAGGGUCCUCACACGGAGAACGCUUGGCCUGCCUGGUGUAGUUCGCAGGAUGUGACGCUUACCGACCUCUUCGACGCAAGAACGUUGCCGUGGAAAUGUAAGCCCAACCACAGACACUUAGUAAGUCCACCUCAGCUCAGACCGGUCAACUUUUGAACUUCACAUUUCAUCAGCUGUUCAGCCACAGGAUGCGGAUGUUUGCGAGAUCCCUCGGGACCAAGGGUGUUCCUCGUUUUGCUCGGGAGAACGUUCCGGUCGAACGGCGUGGCCAGCCGUGGAGAACGAAGGAGAUGACGGCCUCCUCGGUUUUUCUCAGAAACGAAUGAAAUGUCAGCAGCGGUGACAGGAGGAUGCGGCAGAACGUAAAGAGGAGGAUGUGUUUCGGAUUAACCGGCCGCAAAGGGAGCCGGACGGUCACCAGACUGCAGCAAAGCGGCGCGGGGCCACAUCUCGCUCGCUCGGCUGUGGACUUUUAACUUUUCUGCCUUUCGGAGCAGUUUCCUCAUAUGACAUCCUGUGGCUACACUACAGAUAAAUAAGACCUCUACGUGCAAAAUAAAUUAAAACUUUUCUUUCACCCAAGGCUUUGUGAAAUGUCUGUAAAGUAAAAUGUUUAGCUUAGCUGAUGCUGCUUGUAAAUAAAUACAAAAAUUUCGCAGAUUUUUACUGAGCAACAUUUAACAACUUUAUAUUGAUUUUAUACAUAACAGAUCAUAUCCCGCUAUAUAUAUGUAGAAUGCGUUUAUAGACUAACUUUGCUGUGCUUUCAAAUGGCAGGUAAAAGUUGUAAAGUGCAUGUGAAAGUUCUGUUUGGUCUAUCAAAGACCCUUUUGCAGCAGCUUCAGUGCAGUUUCACUGGAUGCGCCUCUUCCUUGGAUUCAGCGAAGACCACACAGGCUGUUUUCCUGCUUCGGUCGCGCGUCUCGGUGCCCCGAGCUUCUCCCUGCGUACACGGGUGUUUCCGGCGUGUCCCUGCUUCGCCGCGCUCGACGC